CAGUCAGACACACACACAGACACACACACAGCCAGACACACACAGUCAGACACACACACCCUUGCUCACACACAGUCAGACACACACAGCCAGACACACACACACACACAGACACACACACACAGACACACACACACACGACACACCCACCCCGCACUGCGCACAGCCGCGCUGUCGCUUCUGGGCUGUCACUGCCGUCACGACGACGAUGCGAGCCGCGUUCUCCCCUCUGGCCACGCUAUCGUUCCCUCUGACCACGCUAUCGUUCCCUCUGGCCAUGCUGUUCUCCCCUCUGUCCUUGCUGUUCCCCCCUCUGUCCAUGCUGUUAUCCCCUCUGUCCUUGCCGGCUGUCGGGGGCACGCCUGCCGGACCAUCUCCCUGCGUGUCCCCGCUGCAGUUUGACGGCCGCGCCGUCGCCUACGACCCCGUCUCGUCCCGCAGUCGCCGCCUGCGUCUGUGCUACGACGGCAAGGGCCGGCGGGUCAUGGUCCACGAGGAGCGCAAGGGGCACUUCCCCUGCAAGCGGUAUUACGACUACAUAUACUUGUACGAUGAAGGUGUCCAAUACCAAAUCGACCAAUCCAACAAGCGCUGUCUCACAAAGGCUUUGACUGAUGCGUGGGACCCGUACGACAUCCCAAGCAACUCCACGUUCGAGGAUCAGUACCUGAUAGGUGGUCCCGGUGACCAGGUCGCAGUGCAGGAGUGGUCUGACCGCAAGCCAGCACGCAAAUUUGAGACCUGGCUCGGCGUUUACACGACCAAGGACUGCUAUCCUGUACAUGAGACGUACAUUGACAGCGCUGGCGUGGCUUCCAUGACGCGGUUUUUCGACAUCGAGCCGGGCAUAAAGGAUCCCAGCGUCUUCACCCCACCAGCAUCAUGCCACAAGGCCUUGUUCACAGACUGGGAAGAGAUGGGUGGCUGCUGAAUCGUGUGAUGACAUCAGUUCUCAUUUAAUAUUCCAAACAGCUGGCCAAUGGCUUAUGUUACAUAUAUACCACAUCGUUUGGUGUUGCUAGUUGUACCAAUUUUUGUCUUGUUACAAAUAGAACAAAUAUGGUAGAACUACACAGCAGUAAAUGAUGUAAUGUUACAGAAUAUUAAGCAAGAAAAGUUAAAUGAAUAAUAUGGAAACAUCGGUUGUAAUUUGCAGCGGCAGCAUAUCAUUUUAGUUGCCAAGCUUUUUGUCAUACUUUCUAUGCUAUAACUUAAAAUAAAUAUUACAUUUCUCAUAGAUGGAAAUAUUACUUUUUUUUCCAACUAAGUUCAUAAGAUGUGUUGUUUUUUUCUGAUAUAGUAUGUAAAUUGGAAUGCUUGAAGUUGAAAGCUUAUGAAUAUCCGCACUAAUGUUUGAAUUUGCCCUAUUAAAACAAUGAUUUUAUUCAAACACCUGGCCUGCACCAUUGCUGUGCUGGUCAAUUAUUGUAACGCCGUUUUUUUUUGCUGAAGUGUGGCUGGAAUAAAUAUAC